AUGACCAUCACUGCCCAAUUGAUUGCAAUUCAUCCAUUUCUUUUACAUACCCUUCAACGAUGUCAGUGUCGAUGGCUCGAAAGCUUGAAAGCAGGCAGAACGAACACCCGCGUUCAAACCUACGACCGAAUCCUAGAUUCCGGCAUCAGUAUCGAAGAUGAAGAAGAAUGUACAAAGUGCGCCCGAAUGGAUGUCCACUCAGCCUCGAUGACGGUGAGUUGGCGAUGGGAUUCGUUUCGAGAAAUGGGAUCGCGCGAAGCCCGGACGUCGAGUUUAGACCUCAAGAGCUCGGAAGCUACCCACCGAGAAGUCAACGUUGCAAACGACCUCAUAAGUGCAUGGUGA